CAGCGUUGCCAACUGUCGGUGGACUGUCAACCCUCUCUUCUCUUCUGUUCCGCUCUUUCCUUCCUUCCUACUGUUUUCUCUCUCUAACUAUAUCUAUAUAUUUAUCUAUAUCUAUAUAUAUAUAUACUCCAUUUUUGAAGACAUCACAUGUUAGUGUAUCUCAGAGAGAGAGAGAGAGAGAUUUGAAUGCAACAGGUGAAAUUGCAGUGAGGCAGUUUCCCGGUAAAGGUAAUAUCCGUCUCUUAUGCUCUUUGUCCCCUCAUCGGAUCUUGAGUUCCUUCUUUUUACCUCAAAGGGUGAUUCCAUUCGUAAACCUAAUUUUGUAGUGUAGGUUGCUUUCAAUUUCUUUUUGUUUUAUUAGGAUUAGUUUUUAGGGUUUGGAAUGGAGGAUAUAAAUGUGAAAGAGGAGUGUGGUGGUGAAGUUGAUAUUGAAAGUGGAUUGGUAAUAAUUGAAGAUGAUUCUGGUAAUACUAAACAAGGAAGAACAUUGUUUGAAAAAAUUUAUACUGAUUUUGUUGGAGAUUCUGUAAAAGGAGAGUCGAAUAUGAGUGGAGUUUCCGUGGAUAUGGUGAAGGUGACAACAGAUAAGUUGUUGCCGGGGAAAGAGUCUGUGAAAAGUGUAGAGAGUUGUUUAGUUAAGGAGAAAAGGAAAAAGUCUGGUAACAAAAAGGCGGCGAAACCUCCGCGAGCUCCACGAGCGCCGUCGUUGGAUGCUGCUGACCAGAAGUUAAUUAGGGAGAUCACUCAACUUGCCAUGUUGAAGCGUGCGAGGGUAGAGCGGAUGAAGGCGUUGAAGAAGAUGAAAGCGGCUAAGUCGUUGUCGCCGACUCCCGGUAGUGGCGUGUUUUCGUUGGUUUUGACUGUUCUCUUCUGUAUUGUGAUCUUACUUCAAGGCAUGUCGUCGUCAUCUGGAAAGAGUUCGGUAGCAAGUUUCCAGGGGUCUCCUGUAUCUGCCGGAGGAGCCGAGGCCGGUCUUAUCGCAGUUCAACUUCAACACCACUUGAAUCCAUCUUCAAUUGAACAUCGUGCACCUUCUUUAGAGUCUCACAAAAUUGUACAUGGUUCAUAUUUGCCUAGAAAGCUGAGAUGAGAUGAAGAUUAGUACAGAUUUCCUGACAAAAGUGAAGAUGGUUUUAUGGCCUUGUCCUCGCGUGUAUUUCUAGAUAGAACAUUAUGACAGAAGUUGUUCCGUGUAGCCGACCCCUGAGAUAAGGCUUCUUGUCCCCCCAAAGUGUAUAGAUAUUACUCAAUGAUGGGGUGAAGUUAUAUUACCUUCUUUGAUUCCUUGAAGUUUAGGCUUGUAGAAAAUUUUGCUUUUGAAGCUUUAUAUGACUCUGUAAUUUGCAACCACCUAAUUAUUUUGUAUCAAUGUCUUUCUAUCAUUUACAAUUAUGGAGGAAAAGGUGAAAGCCUUUUAUGUAA